UGUAUAUUUUUUUAAAAAUAAUUAGUCUUAACGUCUAUACAAAUGCAUGAAAAAACACAAAAAAUAAAUUAACAACUAUGCUAGCUAUAUCAACAUCAAUGGUAAAACAAUACCAUCUAAAUAUUAUUGUUUGUCAUAUAAUACUUUUUCGAGCUCCAUUCAGAGGAUGGGAGGCUUGUAUUUAAUGUAUCUUCAAAACCCCAGGGUAAGAUCACAGCGCAGGCGGGCAUAAUAUAUCAAGAGAGAUCCCGCCGGCACAGAACAGAUCAGAAGACCUUCUCGUCGACGCGUCUCCAUUAAUAGGAUAGGAAUAUGAAGCUCGAGUCAGACAACACCGGAGACAAUGUCCCUCUCCUUGCGGACACACAGAAGUCGGCGGCAGGUUCAAAUUCACAAAACGGGUCAAUACCGGGAGCGGUGUUCAACAUCUCAACUACCAUGAUCGGUGCCGGAAUCAUGUCGAUUCCGGCGACGAUGAAGGUACUGGGCAUAGUUCCGGGGUUCUUGAUGAUCGUCUCGGUCGCGCUCGCAACGGAAAUCACGGUGGAGUUCAUGCUGAGGUACACCGGCUCCGGCAAAUCAAUCACGUACGCCGGCAUGGUGGGCGAGUCCUACGGCAAACUGGGAUCACUGGCCGUGAAAGUAUGCGUCAUCAUCACCAAUCUAGGCGUCCUUACCAUCUACUUGAUCAUCCUGGGAGACGUGCUGUGCGGGAAUGCGUCGAAAGGGGGAGAUGAGGUGCACGUGGGUGUCGUGCAAGAAUGGCUGGGCGUUCACUGGUGGACCUCCCGCCCUUUUGUCCUUCUUUUCCUCUCUCUCUUCAUCAUGCUUCCCCUCCUCCUCCUCCGCCGUGUUGAUUCUCUGAGGUACAGUUCUGGCAUAUCAAUUCUACUGGCAUUGGUGUUCGUCGCCAUAAGCUCGUCCAUGGCCUUUUACGGGAUGUGGUUCGGCAAAACCCAACCUAUGAGAAUUUUUCCUGAUUUCUCUCAGGUGUCCAUCCUCGAUGUGUUCGCCACCAUCCCUGUCUUCGUUACCGGGUUUGGUUUCCAUGUCAACGUUCAUCCAAUCAGAGCAGAGCUUGGGAAAGCUGGUGAUAUGAAGAUGGCAGUGCGAGUUUCAUUGAUAAUCUGCGUGGCCAUUUACUUCGCCAUUGGAUUCUUCGGAUACCUGUUGUUCGGAGACUCCAUAUUGACGGACAUGCUGGUUAACUUUGACCAGAGUUCCAAUGCCCGCGCGGGAAGGUUGCUCAACGAUGUGGUGCGGCUGAGCUAUGCACUCCAUCUCGCGCUGGUGUUUCCCGUCAUGAAUUAUUCCUUGAGGCUCAACAUACAUGAGCUCUUGUUCUCGGACGAGAACCGACCUGAUCUGGCAUCCGACACUCCUCGAUUCCUGUGCCUGACGUUGAGUUUGCUCGCCUUCACCUACGUGGUAGCCGUAGCUCUUCCAAAUAUAUGGUAUUUCUUUCAGUUCUUGGGCUCCACCACCAUCGUUUGCCUCUCCUUCAUAUUCCCUUCCGCUAUCAUUUUAAGGGCAGGGAUAUAUAUGGUAUAGCGACCGCGAAAGAUCGAGUCAUGGCGAUUGCGGUGGCUAUUUUGGCUGUUGUGACGAGCGGAUUGGCUAUUUGGACCAACUUGUACGGCUGAACUGCACACCCUUCCACGUUCUGAUCGUGAGAAAAAGGAAUUCAUAUAAUUUAUUUGUCAUUUUAGCUUUUUUACUAACUACAUGUGUAACUGUAAAUUCUUAAUGAAGUAAGAACGAACAAAUCCCCGGAAACGUCAACGAAGAGAUAUAAUAUAUUUGGGCGCCAGUAGAGUUAUUCACGUCGCGUCUACUUAGAUAACA